UCCGCAAGGCCUUUUUGCAGGUGCAGCUGGUGAUACGUAGCUGUUGGGAGCAUGUUCAUUCCAUCUCAUGUGGCUCAGGCUUUGUUUUCCUUCUUACAAACAACAUUGACAUGUGUGCAAAAGGCUGCACCAAUGCGUGCAAUUGACACACCUGGUUAAACAGCCAAAGUGUGUCCACAUGUGAACACAUUUGCUUGGCAUGUUAUACUUCAACUUUUGGUUGGCAUUCCUAUACUCUCACGAAGGCGUUCGUGCAACCGUUUAGCUCAAACAUCCAGUUGUUCUCAGCGCUGAGAGGGCGCAGCGCUCAGGUGAACACCUCCGCGGGAUCUUCCCCGCACCCAGUUGAGUCUUCGCCACGGGGACGUGUUGCAGUGCUGGCGGGGUGGAGGAGGGCGAAGCUCGUGACCCCGACGGGCCAGCCAUGAGCGCAAUGGCCCCAGAGGCAAUCCGAAGUUUGCAGCUGAAAAACGCGGAUGACGAGGACAUGACCCUGGUCUCUCACCGGACCCUCGAAGAAGACCGGCGGAAGGUCAUGGCGGUCAGUUUCCCACAGCUCAAUGAGGGCACUGCUGUGGCGAUCGUAGCAAGAUCUCCCAAUGGCGAGCACAAGGAGUUUGUAGCAACCCUGAAGGGUGAUAGCUGCGAGCUAGUCAGCGGCAGCUGCCAGAUCACAUUCGAGGAUCUGUCGCCUGCAGACUGCAUUGAGUAUUGUUUUGCAGAGGCGCCCACUGAAUGGAAUUUGGCGCAGGUCUGUCGUGAGGCUCUCGAGACGUACAGAGGCAUGAAGUUCGAUGCCUGGAAGCAAAUGCUACAGAAGCCCACCUGCGAGGCACAGUUCAGGCGUAUGCUGCAGCUGGGUUGCGUCACCCAGCUCUACGAUCCUCAGCUGUUCCCAACGCCAAAGGCGUUCCAAUCGCAGUACCAGGUGACGGAUGACCGCACCGGGAAGCUGAUUCAGCUGCCACACCCAGUCAAGGAACUCAGAGUGUGGGAUGCCAGCAAGUUGCAGUACGUGGUCAUCGACACCAAGUUGACUGGUGCACCCGCGGAGGCGGAGAAAGCUGCUUGGUGGAAAGACUUCAUGGACCAACUGCGUGGGGAGCAUGGUGAUGAGUACAUUUCCGGCCUCAUGGCUGGAAAGUGAGGUGCAAAGGAGCCCCUGUGAUUUUCAUGAUGCUGAUGGAGUAACGAGUUUCAGUUUCAAUCAUUUUGAGGACAUGCAGACGAGCUGGAGAGAUCGGGCCGGAAAUCCGCUUAGAGCCCAGACCUUUGCA